CUGUUGUUCACAGCGAGGAAGAGAUCCUCCCCUGGGUGUAGCUGUGCUCGCCGAAGAAUAGACCUUGCGCUUGUUCCAACAAUGGUCUCUGCCUCCAUUCUGUACCUGUCACCCAAUGAAUUGGUAUAAAAGAAGGAGGCCGUUCAGCAGCUGAGUGCAGAACAGAACCUAUGCUCUCCCUAUUGCUGACCUGCCUGUUUUUCUCCUCUGUGUUCCUUCGAGCAAACCGGCAACUGAACUAAACAGAAACUUCGGCUCAUUUUGCUUCGCCAUGAGCUCUUCCCACCUGAACAACCGAGCUGAGAGCCACUUCCAAGCCCGAGAAGAGCACGAACUGGAAACUCUGGGGAAUAAGGCAUGGGACAACCCUGUUUAUAACGGGUCGCCUUCCUCUUCCCUGAAGAUCAGGGCCAUCUACAAUCCCAAAUCCAUCUUGGAAAAUCCCUAUGAGAAUAUUGAGAAGCUGACCGACUCCCUGCCCUACCAGAAGGAGAGAGAGAAAGAUGAGAUGAGAGUUGGCAGGAAGAAGCCAUUCUCUGCGUGCUGCUUCUAUAUCUGCAAAGGCAUCCGAGGUAACAGGGUGGUUGGUGGAAGCGAUGGUGAGGCUUGGUUUUUAGACUCAGGAGAGGGCCAGCGAUUCACGGCAACUCCACCUCCAUGCAGGAGGGAAGCAAGGAGGGUAACUUUUGCACAGCGAUUGCUGCGGGAGGGGUUUGCAGCAAAACAGCUGCGCCUAGCACUUCUCUGUACAGCAUCGGCCGUAUUGUUUGAUUAACAGGAUGAAAAGCAAGGAUAGAGAGACAGGAAAGGAGAACGGGUUAUCUGAAAGCCUUUUCCAGCUGCAGAGCUUGAACCUCAGAGUUCGCAACUGCUGAACUCGUAGAGGGAUGCAAUGCCAGUGUAAUUUCCCUGAGUUCCAAGUAAUAUUAUUACUAUUAUUAAUAAUUAAAUGUAAUUACCGGUAAUUAAAUUUUUACAACACCCUUCAUCCGUGGAUCACAGGGCAGUUAGACCAAACAUCACGUGUAGAAAAAUAGGAUAAUAUCGAAGAUGUUUACAUGACCAUGGACCAGCUUGGAGCUGGAGUGGCCUUUAUACAUUUUUGCAAUGACUUGAGAAUGAAAUAUUUAUUUAUUGCUGCUGCUGCUGCUGCUUCUUUAUAAUGGGGUGUUUGUGUUCUGUCCUGAAUGUUGAUAGAGGAUUGUUACAAUAACAGGAGAGGUUGGUUAAAAUCUUGAAGGUAUGGGGGAACUUUUCGAAAGUUCAAUGGAAGUGUUUCUUUGAAACUAAGAGGGAUACCUGUAUCUCCCCCUCCUCCAUAAACACAUCCAUCACUCUGAUCCCACGAUCUGCUACAUGUGAGGUGGUCACAAUGUUGUUGUAUUUGCUUUCCCUUUAUAAAGUGUAGCUUGACUCACUUGCCUGAGCUUAUACUCUCUUGGCAAUUUUUUUGUGUGGGGAGGCCCUGUGUACGCACUGUACAUUUAAAUCGUAUUCGAAGCACAUUAUUUCCCCUCAAAGAAUUCUGAGCACUGUGAGUGGUUAAGAGUUGCUGGGGAUUUGAACUUGGUGAGAGGUAAAUAGCAGUGCCCUAAAUUCUUGGAGCGCAAGAAUGUGUUUUGAAAGGGAUUUAAAGCUGUGUACACAGCCUUUGGUGGGGCUGGGGUAAUCCAGCCAGAUGGGUGGGGUAUAAAUAAUAACAUUAUUAUUAUUAUUAUUAUUAUUAUUAUUAGGCGGCUACUCUAUGUUUGCUGCUCUGCCAAGUCUUGAACUAGCAUUGCGCAAUCCCUGGUUCAUAUCCCAUGCAGCUAUGAAGCUCUUUGGGUAAGCUAAUCCUGGGGUCCCCACAGUGGCAGUCGUGGGCAUUUGUGGUAUGCCCAACAAGAUUCCCUGAUCCUCCCCAUUUCUUGUAUUAUUUUUCGAUCCACCUUGGGUUGCUUGGGUUUGGGGAGAUCUCUGUUUCCCCUUUCUUCAUGGGGUGGUUCUGAACACCACCAGUUUUUCGUCUGUUAAAUGAGCAUUGUGUGGUGACUUGGAGUUCCUUCGAUUUCCAUACAUGCCCCUGUCUCCCCCCCCCCAGGUUAAAUAGUGCUGUUUCUCAGCCUUUGCUAUCUCACAGAAAGGUAACAGGGGAAGAGAGGUGUACAGUGGUACCUCGGGUUACAUACACUUCAAGUUACAUACGCUUCAGGUUACAGACUCCACUAACCCAGAAAUAGUACCUCGGGUUAAGAACUUUGCUUCAGGAUGAGAACAGAAAACGUGCUCCGGCGGCGUGGCAGCAGGAGGCCCCAUUAGCUGAAGUGGUGCUUCAGGUUAAGAACGGACCUCCGGAACGAAUUAAGUACUUAACCCGAGGUACCACCGUAUAUGCUGCCUUGCAAUCCUGGAAGGAAAUGCAGGAUAUAAAUGUAAUAAAAUACAUGAUCUCUGGAGGGCUCUGCUGGUUUCCCACACUGUUAGGGAAAUUGCUCUCUGUGUUGCAAGACUGAUGGGUCUGGGCGAUAACACCCUUUGCAGUUACUAGGCAAUUUAAAGGCACUCAGAAGCCAGUUUCAGAUUUGCCAUGGAACGUAGCAAAACAAGGCUGUCUCAUGAACCUAGCUAGCAUGGGCAUAGUGAUAAGUAUCCUUGCCUGUCAGACAGGAGACCGGAGUUCGAUUCCCCGAUGGGGAGCCAUGGACGCGGGUGGCACUGUGGUCUAAACCACUGAACCUCUUGGGCUUGCCGAUCAGAAGGUUGGCAGUUCGAAUCCCCAGGACGGAGUGAGCUUCUGUUGCUCUGUCCCAGCUCCUCCCAACCUAGCAUUUGAAAGCGCACCAGUGCAAGUAGAUAAAUAGGUACCACUGUGCCACGAAGGUAAACGACGUUUCUGUGCACUCUAGUUUCCAUCAUGGUGUCCCAUUGCGCCAGAAGCGGUUUAGUCCUGCUGGCCACAUGACCCGGAAUGCUGUCUGUGGACAAACACCGGCUCCCUCAACCUGAAAGCGAGAUGUGCACCGCAACCCCAGAAUCGCCUUUGACUGGACUUAACCAUCCAGGGGUCCUUUACCUUUACCUAGAAGAAGGCGCAGCAGAGACUGUACUUUCUGAGAAUACUAAGGAAAAACCAUCUUCCGCAGAAACUGCUGCUUGCCUUCUAUCACUGUGCCAUUGAGAGCGUGCUCACUUAUGGCUUAUGUGUGUGGUACGGAAGCUGUACUACCCAGGACAGGAUGGGGUUGUGCAGGGUUGUUAAGGCAGCAGAGAGCAUUGUUGGCUGUCCACUCUCCACCUUAGAGCAGAUUUAUGCCACAAGGUGCCAUAGGAAGGCACUGGACAUAGUAAAAGAUCCAUCGCAUCCUGGUCACUGUCUCUUCGAGCUCUUGCCGUCGGGAUGGAGAUACAGGACGAUGAAGACAAGAACGAGCCGUCUUAAGAACAGCUUCUUCUCCAGAGCGAUCUCGGCCCUGAAUGGGAAGCUCGGACUUUGAAAGUCAUCUAAUCUCCCUUGCUGUAUUAUACUGUAUUGUUUAAUUAGUGUUUUUAUGGAGCAGUCAAGUAAUUUCGUUGUCCCCGAAGGGGGCAAUGACAAUAAAUAUAUUAUUAUUAUUAUUAAAAAAAAAGAGUUGGUCAUGGAACCAGCAAGGGGUGGUGACGCUGAAGUUAGUUUUAAGUGCCACCCAAGACUAACUGGGAACCACAGUGCUGUCAAAUUCAGGGGUACAGCAUGGGGAGUACCGGGGUGCUGUGCCCCAGGCACACAAUUUUUGAGGGGGUGCAAAGCAGGCACCCCCAUGCAGGUGAUCCCAGGCCUGGUGCUCCUCUCUGUCCGUCAAGGGCCAUGUUGGGCAGCUGGGCUCCUUCCUGCAAGAGCAGGCAGGCAGCUCAGCAUGACCCCACUUUGCUCCAGUGGAGUUGGGGUCACUCUGGUGGCAAAAGUUGGGCUGAGACCCCCCAUGCCAGCUGCACAUGCAUGCCCACCCCGAGCGCGAAAAAUUGAUGCUACACCGCUGAUUAGAUUCAAUAUAUACAGUGGUACCUCUGGUUACGUACUUAAUUCGUUCCGGAGGUCUGUUCUUAACCUGAAACUGUUCUUAACCUGAAGCACCACUUUAGCUAAUGGGGCCUCCUGAUGCCGCCGCGCAAUUUCUGUUCUCAUCCUGAAGCAAAGUUCUUAACCCGAGGUACUCUUUCUGGGUUAGCGGAGUCGGUAACCUGAAGCGUAUGUAACCCGAGGUACCACUGUAUAUAAAACGGACCUAACAGUCACAUUUGUCUUCAAAGAUGAAACAUCCCAAAAGUGGGGCGGGGGCGCACUGGCGGAAGAACCGGAGUGUGGAGGGAGCGGACCACAGCUGUCAACCUUCCCGUUUUUUGCGGGAAAUUCCCUUAUUCCAGCGCUGUUUCCCACUGCUUCCCGCUGCUAUCCCGGAUUGUUAGAUAUCCUGUAGACUGUCCCCAGGGCAGGUGAGGCUGCUGAUCCCUUAUUUUCAAGUCUGCUGAUCCCUUAUUUUCAAAUCUGAAAGUUGACAGCUAUGGAGCGGACCACCCCUGGCACCACUAUUCCAGUAGGGUGCCAUCGUGGUGCCCCCCCGACACGCACUGCGUACCCCUCCCCCAGGCGUGCCAAGUGCCACGCCCCCACAGGCAGCGUGUCACACCCCCAGAAUGCAUACCACGCCCCUGGGAUAAGCGCCAUGCCCCCAGGGCAUGCGUCAUGCCCUUGGGGGCACCAGCCACACCCCUGCCUGCUCUCCACCCCUGGUAGCGGAGCAUGCAGCUUCGCCACUGGUGGGGGGGAGACUUAAAAAAAAGGAAGCAGAAAUGCAAAGGGAAGAGGGUCAAGUCUCCCUAAAGUGCUCAGGAUAUUUUUUAAAACCACAAUAUCAAAAGCUUGAAUGUACGCCAAAGAUGAAGGAAGCUACCCCCAAGGCCAAGAGGAUACUAAAAAUGAACUGGAGGAGCAUGUUGCUCAAAACACAAAUAUCAGCAUCAUCAACAAACAUUUAAUAUACUCGUAGCAGGAGACUAGCAGGGCUCCCCCUGCCCAGUCCCAGCACCUCUCAGGUGGGCGCCAUUGCCAUUAUAAGAGAACAAGGGAGAUGUUCAUGGUGAGUUCCGGCACCUCUUUUUCUUGAAACUGGCUAGGAGGCAAUUGGUCCUUUGAAGAUGAGGGAGUCAAAGGUGUGCUCAAGGUGGAUAAAGAGAUUGCAGAGUGGCUGAGAUGAGAAGCAGAAGUUCAGGCUCUGCCCUGGGUCCAUUGGCUCACCUGCGCAGCAUCCAAUGAGAUCAGCAAAAGGGCACACAGUCUUGUCAAAUGCACCUUGCGAUAUGAUGCAGGCUCCCUUCUAGACCCAAAGCCCAUUACCAAUUCUGUGCCAUCGCUAUGUCAAAUUCUGGUUAAAUGGCAAAUGUGCCGCUAAGGACUGUUUGGGCAGAUUUUGUGUUUGCUUCCGAUACAACAACUCUUACAUACCUGGUCCUGCCCAGAGAUUUCAGCUGUUAAGCUGCUGGCUGGUACGGUUGUGAUGUGUCUUAUCAGUGUAGCCAAAUCCCCCUGCUCUGAAUAGACAUAGCUUAGAUAAGAGAGAUCACCUUGCCAACAAAGGUCCGUAUACUAAAAGCUAUGGUUUUCCCAGUAGUGAUGUAUGGAAGUGAGAGCUGGACCAUAAAGAAGGCUGAUCGCCGAAGAAUUGAUGCUUUUGAAUUAUGGUGCUGGAGGAGACUCUUGAGAGUCCCAUGGACUGCAAGAAGAUCAAACCUAUCCACCAUUCUGAAGGAAAUCAGCCCUGAGUGCUCACUGGAAGGACAGAUCCUGAAGCUGAGGCUCCAAUACUUUGGCCACCUCAUGAGAAGAGAAGACUCCCUGGAAAAGACCCUGAUGUUGGGAAAGAUGGAGGGCACAAGGAGAAGAGGACGACAGAGGACGAGAUGGUUGGAUAGUGUUCUCGAAGCUACGAACAUGAGUUUGACCAAACUGCGGGAGGCAGUGGAAGACAGGAGUGCCUGGCGUGCUCUGGUCCAUGGGGUCAUGAAGAGUCGGACACGACUAAAUGACUAAGAUAAGAGAGGGCCAAUGGUAGACCCUUGAGUUUAAAUGCAGGAAUCCAAAUCAUCAUCAUCAUCAACAACAACAACAUAUUAUUAUUAUUAUUAUUAUUAUUAUUAUUAUUAUUAAUACCCCACCCAUCUGGCUGGUUUUCCCCAGGCACUCUGGGCAGCUUCCAACAAAAUAUUAAAAAUGCAACAAAACACCAAACAUUAAAAAAAUUCCCUAAACAGGGCUGCCUUCAGAUGUCUUCUCAAAGUCAGAUAGUUGCUUAUUUCCUUGACAUUUGAUGGGAGGGCGUUCCACAGGGCAGGCGCCGCUACUGAGAAGGCCCUCUGCCUGGUUCCCUGUAACCUCACUUCAAAUGAAGCCAUUAGAGGCCUGGGAUUAACUAAUUUGUGGAUAAACUGAAGAGCCAGAAGAAAAUAUCCCCCAGCCCACACUGAACAGCUAUUACAAAAACACACCAUUCUGUAACAUUUCAAAUUUAAUUUCUGAGUGGAAAAGUUUGAGUUUUGAACUUGGUACAUCAACUGUACUGUAAAACUGGAGUGCUUUGUGUUUGUUGACUUAACAAUGCUGUUGUACUGUAAAAGAAAGAAAAGAGAAAAGAAACCAGUUAAAGUCCUUCCCAUCCAUGGUGGUGGUUGUUUAGUAGUUUUGUCCGACUCUUCGUGCCCCCCUGGACCAGAGCACGCCAGGCACUCCCGUCUUCCACUGCCUCCUGUAGUUUGGUCAAACUCAUGUUCGUAGCUUCGAGAACACUGUCCAACCAUCUCGUCCUCUGUCGUCCUCUUCUCCUUGUGCCCUCCAUCUUUCCCAACAUCAGGGUAUUUUCCAGGUUUCCAGGGAGCCUUCUCUUCUCAUGAGGUGACCAAAAUACAGCGGUACCUCUGGUUAAGAACUUAAUUUGUUCCGAAGGUCCGUUCUUAACCUGAAACUCUUCUUAACCUGAGGUAUCACUUUAGCUAAUGGGGACUCCCACUGCUGCCACGAGAUUUUUGUUCUCAUCCUGAAGCAAUGUUCUUAACCUGAGGUACUAUUUCUGGGUUAGUGGACUCUGUAACCAGAUGUGUCUGUAACCUGAAGCAUCUGUAACCUGGGGUACCACUGUAUUACUACACUUGAUCUUAGCCAAAAGGCCAAGAAGCGAUGCACCACUGUAUUGGAGCCUCAGCUUCAGGAUCUGUCCUUCCAGUGAGCACUCAGGGCUGAUUUCCUUCAGAAUGGUGGAUAGGUUUGAUCUUCUUGCAGUCCAUGGGACUCUCAAGAGUCUCCUCCAGCACCAUAAUUCAAUCCUUCAUGGAUCACUGCUUUGCCAUGGCAAAGAGGCUUGAAUAACUCAGAGAAGCUAUGAGCUAUGCCGUGCAGGGCCACCCAAGAUGGUCAGGUCAUAGUGGAGAGUUUUCACUAAACGUGAUCCACCUGGAGAAGGAACCGGCAAUCCACUCCCAUAUCCCUGCCAAGAAAACUCCUUCCCAUGAAGAACAGCACAAUUCCACAAGUUAUUUACCAGUCAUGAAUAAGAAGUUCCUACUCAGAGGCAAAGUCACUCUGAAAAGUUUUCAUAGCUUUUUGGCAGCCUGUACAGCUAUUCCACUAACAUAUUUAGAUGUAGUUUAUUAAUGCUUGGGCCAGAAGCCAUUCACAUAUAAGAUAAAUAAAGACAGUACAAAUCCCAAGAGUAUAGAUACUGCAUAAAACCACCUUGCCGCCUAGUAAAGGUAAAGGGACCCCUGACCAUUAGGUCCAGUCGUGGCCAACUCUGGGGUUGCGGUGCUCAUCUUGCUUUAUUGGCCGAGGGAGCCGGCGUACAGCUUCCGGGGUCAAUGUGGCCAGCAUGACUAAGCCGCUUCUGGCGAACCAGAGCAGCGCACGGAAACGCCGUUUACCUUACCGCCGAAGCGGUACCUAUUGAUCUACUUGCACUUUGACGUGCUUUCGAACUGCUAGAUUGGCAGGAGCUGGGACCGAGCAACGGGAGCUCACCCUGUUGCGGGGAUUCGAACCGCCGACCUUCUGAUUGGCAAGUUCUAGGCUCUGUGGUUUAACCCACAACGCCACCUGCGUCCUUUACCUUGCCGCCUAGAUUCAUACAUAAAACCUACAUCUUUGUAAUACUACACAAGUCAUAUGUAACAUCUAUAAAAUGUACAGAUUGAAAGGGUAAAAUUUAAUACAGAUAAAAAUGAUUAACUAUGAACAGAUAUUGAGGUUAAAUAAGAGCUUCCCCAAAGCAGCUGACUGCAAACUCCUCAAUAUCUCUUGCCCAGAUUUUUAUUGCUGCUAGGGCAAAAAGAGAAACCUUGUGGGUUACCCUGCAAUCGGUGUCUGACAGGAGGUAGGAAAUCUUUUCUGGAAUGGUCUUGGAAUAUAGAUGAGGCAGAACAGAUCCCAGAAAUUUGGUUCUUGGUUCAGAGUAAAGUGAACCAAAGAACAAAUAGUGAGGCAGAUCCUGAGAAUAUCUGCCAUCGAUCCUAGCUGUGGACAUCGUUUGGAAACAAAGGGCUGCAAAUGCUUUGGAAAUGUAUGGUGGAGGUGGUGGUGGGGAUUGUGCCUGGAAAAAGAUGGGAGGACAAUGCAGAAAAAGCCGAAAAAGUCAGCUAGAUUCUCUGUAACCUUGAGAGAACAAGGGGUGACAAUGGAAGCUACUGUAGCAGAUGCUGUCAGCUCUAUAUUGUGACAUGGUGCCACUAUCACUGAGCAGCGUAAGAUUUCAGGGUCCAGGGUUCGUGCUUCCUUUGGAAAUAAGGCACAGCAGAUACGAUGGUGUCUUUACGAUAUGUGGUUUAUUUCUACAUAUAUACAACCUGGGCUUAUGAUGGAAGGGCUUCCAGCAUUACACUCCAAGAGGGUCCUGUUUCUCCCGUAGCUGCCUUCGAUUCAAACUAUCAGCCCAAAUGGUGCUCUGAUCACCACCACCUUCAGCUUGACGUGUUUAACAGGAUGAAACAAUUUCUCCUCCUGCUCACAUCAAGCAAAAACUGCCAAACUGAAACACUGCUACUGGCCUUUGUUAUUCUAGCUAGCCCAGAGCUCUGGGUCCAAGGGAGAGGCUUUUCCUUGUGGGUGACUUCCUUGAUUUCCUUCUCAAUUUUGCUAGGCUCUAAAAUGCAACAAGCGAACCAAGCUACUUUACAUGGUCACAGUAAGCAUCAGAGAAAGCUGGCAAUGUCCCCUGUCUUGGCCAGGAAGGGCAGGAUUAAGACAGGCCCAAUAAACAACCUUCAAGACCUCUUGGAACAAAUUGCUCAGUACUGAGCCAGGCACUAAGAAACAGGUCACAAGGCAGACUGUAAACUGCAUGCCUCCGUUUCACAGAGCUAAGAAACUUCCAAAGCUUGACACAGGCUAUGUCCUAGUCUUCAUUAAGAUGAUAAAUGAGCCGUUGCUAAAACCUUAGCCUAGCGCUGGUUGGAGCUGGAGUCCGAUGGGACCAGGAGAGCACCUAGUGUAGUGUAGUGUAGUGGUUAGAGUGCUUGCCUAUGACCUGGGAAGAGCAGGGUUCAAAUCCCCGCUCAGCCAUGAAAUUCGCUGGGUGGCCUUGGGCCAGUCACAGUCUCUGAGCCUAACCUGCCUCACACAGAUCUUAUGUGGAUAAAAUGGGAAGGAAGAAACUAUGUAUGCUAUGUAUGAGAUGGAUGUGAUAGACAGAUAAUAAUUGUAUUGUUUAUAUGGUACCCAUCUGACUGGGUUGCCUCAAUUACUCUGGGCGGCUCCCAUUAGUCCUUGUGGCUUGAACACUGCAGCUCCAGGUUAGAUGUGACUGAUUCUCAGUACAGAUUAUAUUAGACUCAGAGCCGUCUUUCCCAUAGGGCUUAGUGGUGCGUCUCGCCAGGAUGCCAGCCUCUCAGGGGCGCCCCAGCGAGUUGGGUUCAAAGACAUCCACCCUCCCUGGUCGUAUUCAAUAUAAGGAUGGAGACUCUCAGCUUGAAUAGAACCAUCGGUCUUUGGAUUUCUCUUGAUCAUCCCCAAAAGCAGAACUGAACUUGGUUUUCUAGGAAGGUGUCAGAGCCAUUCCAUUCCACUGCCCAGAAAUGUUUUUCUUUCAAAGUAGGCUUCACCUGUAAAUUACAAAGCAAUUUCAGGGCAUGACUCCAGCUCCCUUGGCUCGAGGAAUGACCUCUGGCUGAAACUUGUGCUCUUACUGAAACAGUGGUUGUGGAUUCCCUGAAACACAGAGAGAUGGCACGGAAAAAGUUGCUACAACGUUCGUCCUCUGGUUACUGGAGCGUUGUCCAACCUGGGGAGAAGUGGCAAUUCGGGUGCCGCAGGGUUCUGUCCUGGGCCCAUUGUUGUUCAGUGUCUUUGUAAAAAAAAAAACACUUUGAGGAAGGAACUGAGGGAAUGCUCAUCAAAUUUCAUCCGAAUUAUAGUCCUCCAAUAUAUCCAAAGUCUUCGGAACAUUGCAAGUGUUAUUCAAAGGCUGCCAAAGUGUUUACAGUGUUCUUUUAAACACAAUCUAUAUUUGUCUCAUUCUCGAUUGAAGUUUUGAUUCUCUUGAUUUCUGAUUCUUCCAGUCAAUCUGGCCAUCUCUGCGUAGUCCAAUAAUUUCAUCUGCCAGUCUGCCAUUGUCGGCCUCUUGUCCUCUUUCCAUUACUGAGCAAACAGCAUCCUUGCAGCUGUAGCCGCAUACAUGAACAGUCUUCUCAAAUCCUUCGGUAUAUCUACACCUAAAAUUCCUAAAAGAAAGGCUUCUGAUCUUUUGGCAAAGGUUAUUUUAAACUUUUUUUUUAAUUCAUUGUAUAUCGUUUCCCAGAAUCCCUUUAUCUUUUUACAGUUCCACCACAUAUGAUAAAAGGUGCCCUUAAAGAGGACAAUUUUCAUUGGGUUGUGAUGAACCCCUCACCCAGUUGCUGUUAGCAUCACAUUUUACUAAUAAACACACACACACACACACACACACACACACACACACUGAUUAAAAGUUACCACAGUUUUUUCAGCAUACCUCUGGCCACAGGGAAGACAAAAACUUUGAAACAAAAUUAGGUCAGGGACUAAGGUAAAGGUAAAGGGACCCCUGAUCAUUAGGUCCAGUCAUGAUUGACUCUGGGGUUGCGGCGCUCAUCUUGCUUUACUGGCUGAGAGAGCCGGCGUACAGCUUCCGGGGUCAAUGUGGCCAGCAUGACUAAGCCGCUUCUGGCGAACCAAAGCAGCGCACGGAAACGCCGUUUACCUUCCUGCCAGAGCCGUACCUAUUGAUCUACUUGCACUUUGACGUGCUUUCGAACUGCUAGGUUGGCAGGAGCUGGGACUGAGCAACAGGAGCUCACCCUGUCGCGGGAACCUUCUGAUCGGCAAGUCCUAGGCUCUGUGGUUUAACCCACAGCGCCACCCACAUCCCUUUAAGGUCAGGGACUGUUCGGCUGCAAACCCCAUAUAUACAUACACACUUUAUUGGAUGUGAAUGCUACUCUGCACAGCGAAACUUAACUUCUGACUAAACAUGCACAAGGUCGGCUUGCAUGCUAUACUAAUAUCUCCUCCUUCAUUUUGUAAAACCGAACAAGUUUAGUAACAACAAGCUAGUAGACUUGUUGUUUAGCUUUCGGAAACUGGAGCUGACUUUGCCUCAGAUAGGUGACGUAAUCUGGAAUGUUUCCUAAAAAUACAUCCCUGGGCAUAGGUGUGUAGAAAACGAAACUGUAACGUAUUAUUAACCUUUGUAGACCAUUCCAUGCCUCCUGCUUUUAUUUGUAAGCCGCCCUGAGUCUCUGUCAAGGGAAAUUAAUAUUAUAGGUAAAUGAAUAAAUAAUACAGAAUUGUCGAAUUGUAGAGUUGGAAGUGACUACAAGGGUCAUCCAGUCCAACUCCCUGCAAUGCAGGAAUCUUUUGCCUACGUGGAACUUGAACCCAUGAUCUUGAUAUUGUCUCUCUUUUUAAAAAAUAAUUUUUAUUGGAAUUUUAUUUACAACAUAACAUAAAAACCGCACCCCCCAAUACACAAUCCACCCUCAUUAAACGGGAACAUAACAUACAGUAAGCAUCACACAGUAGAAACAAUGAAAUAAAAGACUUCCUUUAUCCUGUAUCCGGCCUCCUUAUCUACUUCUUAUAAACUGUUUCCUUUAUGAAUAAUUAUUAAGAUUUUUCUAAUUGUAACUUAAAUACAGUGGUACCUUCAGGUUACAGACUCCGCUAACCCAGAAAUAGUACCUCGGGUUAAGAACUUUGCUUCAGAUGAGAACAGAAAUCGUGUGGCGGCAGUGGAGGCCCCAUUAGCUAAAGUGGUGCUUCAGGUUAAGAACAGUUUCAGCUUAAGAACGGACCUCCGGAACGAAUUAAGUACUUAACCCGAGGUACCACUGUAUCCACAAAGUCUCCUGCAGACAUUAAUCAAAACAAGUCCAGGGCACUGUUUUGUGAAGUAUUCUCUGCAUUUCCCCCAUGCUUUUUGAAACUCUUGUCUAGCGUGAUCUCUAACUGCCUCUGUUAAUCUAGCCAGUUCAAUAUACUCUAACAGUUUGUCUUGCCAUUCCUUUUUUGUUGGCACAGUUUCUUUUUUCCAGUUUUUAGCAAUUAGGAUCCUUGCCGCUCCUGUGGCAUAGAGGAAUAUUUUCUGAUCUUCUCUUGCUAUACCUGUGCCCAUUAUCCCUGAUAUUAACAGUCUCAUGCUCUACCAACAGAGCCCACACAUAGCUCACGGCCAGAUAUUCUCCCACCCGUGACAGAUUUGGUAAAAAGAAAAAGCGUCUGUAGGGAAUCAGAAAAUCAGUGGGAGCGGUACAGGAUAUAUAUUUUAUUGGAACAAUUCAUAAUGGUCAUUUGCAGAGUGUAUCUGCAAGGAAACUAUUUUCAGGGUGGCUUAUAAUUACAGUCGUACCUUGGAAGUCAAACAGAAUCAGUUCGACUUCCAAAAUGUUCAGAAACCAAAGCACAGCUUCUGAUUGGCUGCAGGAAGCUCCUACAGCCAAUCAGAAGCUGCAGAAGCCGUGUCGGACGUUCGGGUUCCAAAGAACAUUCGCAAACCGGAACACUCACGUCCAGGUUUGCGGCGCUUGGGAGCCAAAAUAUUUGGGACUCUCAAGGCGUUUCGGAUCCAAGGUAUGACUGUAAAGCGCUAAAAUGCAACCCAACUUUCUGAUCAAAUAGCACCCGUGAAAUCAAAAGGCAACAGAUAAAAGAAAGUUGCAUGGAAGUUGGUCUGAUAAAACUGAGAGAUGAAAGACCUGGAGAAAUGACAAGGGAUAUUUGUCUGGUGCCACCGUAGUCUCAGGCAGCAAUCCUCACGAGAAGCGUGACUCUUUCUUUCUUUCUUUCUUUCUUUCUUUCUUUCUUUCUUUCUUGGCACAAUUGUUCAGGUGAAGAGUGACUAGUGGGGUGUCACAGGGUUCUGUCUUGGGCCCGGUCUUAUUCAACAUCUUUAUCAACGACUUGGAUGAUGGACUCAAGGGCAUCCUGAUCAAAUUUGCAGACGACACCAAACUGGGAGGGGUGGCUAACACCCCAGAGGACAGGCUCACACUUCAAAAUGACCUUGACAGAUUAGAGAACUGGGCAAAAACAAACAAGAUGAAUUUUAACAGGGAGAAAUGUAAAGUAUUGCACUUGGGCAAAAAAAUGAGAGGCACAAAUACAAGAUGGGUGACACCUGGCUUGAGAGCAGUACAUGUGAAAAGGAUCUAGGAGUCUUGGUUGACCACAAACUUGACAUGAGCCAACAGUGUGACGCGGCAGCUAAAAAAGCCAAUGCAAUUCUGGGCUGCAUCAAUAGGAGUAUAGCAUCUAGAUCAAGGGAAGUAAUAGUGCCACUGUAGUCUGCUCUGGUCAGACCUCACCUGGAGUACUGUGUCCAGUUCUGGGCACCACAGUUCAAGAAGGACACUGACAAACUGGAACGUGUCCAGAGGAGGGCAACCAAAAUGGUCAAAGGCCUGGAAACGAUGCCUUAUGAGGAACGGCUAAGGGAGCUGGGCAUGUUUAGCCUGGAGAAGAGGAGGUUAAGGGGUGAUAUGAUAGCCAUGUUCAAAUAUAUCAAAGGAUGUCACAUAGAGGAGGGAGAAAGGUUGUUUUCUGCUGCUCCAGAGAAGCGGACACGGAGCAAUGGAUCCAAACUACAAGAAAGAAGAUUCCACCUAAACAUUAGGAAGAACUUCCUGACAGUAAGAGCUGUUCGACAGUGGAAUUUGCUGCCAAGGAGUGUGGUGGAGUCUCCUUCUUUGGAGGUCUUGAAGCAGAGGCUUGACAACCAUAUGUCAGGAGUGCUCUGAUGGUGUUUCCUGCUUGGCAGGGGGUUGGACUCGAUGGCCCUUGUGGUCUCUUCCAACUCUAUAAUUCUAUGAUUCUAUGAUUCUAAGUUUAAGACAGAAAGGAAAACAACAAGAACAUAAUCCCCCCCCCCAUAAAUUCUGCAAAUAAUAGACAACUGAUACACUAACAAGGAUGAUUGUGAGAAAUCAUUAUGUGUUAAAAAUAGACAGAAAAGUCAAGGGUAGGGGGAAAUCCCACCACCACUUUUAAAUACAAUAUCCCUAAGCCAGAAACCCAUGAGCCCAACUAGUAGCCUUGCGGACACUAGUAGAGUUUUUAACACUGCACGAUGCGAAACACAUUUUUUUUUAUCAUACCAAACUGAAUCCAGAUGGGAAUGUGCAUUCAGAAACAUGUUUAUUUGUUCAUGUGGAUCCACAUAGCUGAUUGAGGGUUAUUACUUGCGAGUGAACCCAAUGUCUUUCAUAUCUCACAGAUACCAAUAGAUUGAAUUAAUGAAUUAAAGACUCACUACCCUGUCCUUCCAGACAAUGGACUAAAAUCAGAAACCCUGCCUUAAUUCUGAUGGUGGCAGUGAGGAGAGGACUCCAGAGGCCAUCUCAACACAGAGACAGACUUGUGUCGUGAUAAGGAAGCUUUUGCAGCGCGAGUAGGAAGGAGGAAAAAGCUUCAUUUGCACAAUAUAUUUUGUUGUUGUUGGUUAGUCGUUCAGUCAUGUCCAACUCUUCGUGACCCCAUGGAACCAGAGCACGCCAGGCACUUCUGUCUUCGCACGACAUAUUAGCAUUCCCUAUUACAGCACACUCUGUUCUGUUCUGUUCUGUACUUAGUGCUUUUGAUUAGGGGUGUGGAGCAAUAUCCAUCACAGAUCGCUGAUAGCAGGUGUCCUUAGAGCUGAACCACUUGAGACUAUAUUAAAGGAAUGGAAACCCUUAAGCUAUUGAUGUCGGCACACCUACUUGGCUUUUAAGUGGGGAAUCACAUGUGCACCAGAUGAAAGUUUAAGUAGGAAGAAGAAGAAGAAGGCAACGAAGAAGCCAUUAAUGGUCUGACCUAUCUCAUCAGCUUGUUAGCUGAUGAAACAGUGACUUGAUGAAAGAAAACAAUGUUCAAACAGAUCCCAGCCCAUGUUCUUAGGCUCAGGUUUGGCACCACUGGGAGCACGAAAGAGCAUUUGAUUUGAAUCUGGAAUGGCAAUCGAACGCAUGAGCUCCGUCAGGCUGCCUCAGUGGAAGGGGUGGGGAGCAGAAUGCGUCCCGUCAGCUCGGCCGAAAGGACACUCACCUGGGCCCUGGUUAGUUGCAUCACUGUGGCUUACCAGGAUGUAGAACGGAAGGGGUAAAGUGAGACCAGCAUGGUGCUAACACAGCAGCAGAGCCAAUCGCUCCCGCUAGUGUCCUCGCAUUGCACUGACUUCACCGUCAGGAGGAGUGGGGAUGCUCUGCCAUACUGACUGCUACUGGUUUCCACUCCAGCUGGUCAUUAUAAGAACCGCUAUUUAAUUUAUAAGAGCUAGUUCCUGUAGACUCACACACACUGGUCAGCUUCCAUUUUGACUUGAAAUGUUCGUUUUGGGCUUCUCAGAAGUACGUAAAGGCAAGAAGCAGGCGGGGGGAGCACCACCCUUCAAUGGCAUUCUCCUUAGAGGUGCUGGAACUGUGCUCUGGCAUGCUCCGGCUGAAAAAAGCCCUGCUUCUGACUACAACGCACCAAAGCCAAGUAAUUGUGCUUUAUUCUGUAAAGACAGCACCCUUGAAGAGUGAAUGAGAUACAAGGAAGGUGCUUAAACAAACCACUCCAGUAUCCUCCUCUAUUCAGCAUUAGAAUAGCAGUAACAAGAAGUUUCUCUUGGGGGGUUGCUGCUCUGGUAGGGGGCCCCAUUUCAAAUCCCAGAUGGGGGUGGUCAGCAUUCCUUCUUUGGAUUGUUUGGCAACAGUGUUGAAGUGAUUAUGUGUCCUUAGCAAAGGUGCUGCCUGCUAAGUGCUGAAGCCUUAGAGUUGCCUCUGCAUUUUGUUUUAUAACUUUCUUUUGUUGUUGUUUAGUCGUCUUAGUCGGGUUCGACUCUCCGUGACCCCAUGAACCAGAGCAUGCCUUGGAAACGCUCACUUUCUUCUCAAAGCUUCUCCUUUUUUAUGUCCACGGGGUUUUCUUGGCAAAAUACUGGAGUGGUUUGCCAGUUCCUUCUCCAGGUGGAUCACAUUUAGUCUAAACUCUCGGCUAUGACCUGUCUGUCUUGGGUGGCCCUGCACGGCAUCAUAGCUCAUAGCUUCUCUGAGUUAUUCAAGCCCCUUCGCCACAACAGGGCAGUGAUCCAUGAAGGGGCUAACUUUCUUUAGAAGUGACUAAUUAACUUACAAGAAAGAAAGAAAGAAAGAAAGAAAGAAAGAAAGAAAGAAAGAAAGAAAGAAAGAAAGAAAGCUAAGAAUCUGGGGUCCUUGCUGGGCUGGGGCCUGUCAUAUAUACACCCCAGUAUUUCCUGUGAGCAGCCCUGAAAGCUUUCACUCAGUUUUUCUGGGGUUGUACUGCUCACAUCAGAUGAAGCCCUCUGGGGCAAUUGUGCUGUGGAUUAGCACCUAAAACAGGUGAAUACAGAAGCACGUUUAAUCACUUCUUUCCCUUUUCUCUCUCUUUGCAGGACUUUGGGGCACCACACUAACGGAAAACACCGCUGAGAACCGAGAGCUUUACGUAAAGACCACACUGCGCGAACUGUUGGUCUACAUUGUAUUCUUGGUGGAUAUCUGUUUAUGUAAGUUUGCCUGGGCUGCUUUUCUUUUUUAUUAUUGGUUCCAGCCCAAUGAGGGGCAAAUAUUCUUUUAGAUGGCUUGUGUUGGUUAAUUACACUUGCACCCUGCCUUUCAACAUGGUGGAUUUUGAAAAGACAAGUUCUCCAUGCAGCAGCAAACUGGGCCCCGGGGAUAGGGAGGCAGAGAUACUGUAGUCUACUGGGACCCUAGUUCCCUUGUUGUUGUUGUUUAGCCAUUUUGUCAUGUCCGACUCUUCGUGACCCCAUGGACCAGAGCACGCCAGGCACUCCUGUCUUCCACUGCCUCCCGCAGUUUGGUCAAACUCAUGCUAGUAGCUUCGAGAACACUGUCCAACCAUCUCGUCCUCUGUCGUCCCCUUCUCCUUGUGCCCUCCAUCUUUCCCAACAUCAGGGUCUUUUCCACAGAGUCUUCUCUUCUCAUGAGGUGGCCAAAGUAUUGGAGCCUCAGCUUCAGGAUCUGUCCUUCCAGUGAGCACUCAGGGCUGAUUUCCUUCAGAAUGGAGAGGUUUGAUCUUCUUGCAGUCCAUGGGACUCUCUAGAAUCUCCUCCAGCACCAUAAUUCAAAAGCAUUAAUUCUUCAGCGAUCAGCCUUCUUUAUGGUCCAGCUCUCCCUUACCAGGUGUUUAAGUGUCCAGUUUCUAGUGCUUGUUUCUGAGGCUGGGUGUUUGGGACAGAACAGGAAUCCUAUUGGCAUACUGUCCCCUUCAUUGCCCCAAAGCAGUGAGACUUCCCACUGGGACACCCUUGUUGAGAGUAGCUCAGAACUUCAUGACCUCCAUGGUAACCAUGGGGCUGUCUCAAAUGAUGCCAAACCCACAAGCUUUGAACUUGGCUUCCUGGAUUGGAUUGUAGUAAGAGAAAGCAAUGGUGCCUUCUUGGUAUCCCCUCCUUCCUCUCCUGCCCACAAAUUCAUUGGUUCUUCUAGGGUAAGGUUACCAGAUGUCCCCAUUUCCUGGGGACAGUCCCUGGAUUUACAAAUCAGUCCCCAUACAAAAUCCUAUCAUUCCUACUGAAGUUGAAAAGUUUCCCCAGAUUCAUUGGAAAAAAAAUCUGGUAACCUUAUUCUAGGGCAGUGUUCCCCAAACUUGGGUCUCCAGCUGUUUUUGGACUACACUUCCCAUCAUCCCUAGCUAGCAGACCAGUGGUCAGGGAUGUUGGAAAUUGUAGUCCAAAACCAGCUGGAGACCCAUGUUUGGGGGGCACUGUUGUAGUGGAAGGAACGACCCAUUCUCAUUUCAUAGGAACAUCCACAUUUUCUUGCAUCUACUCGGAAUUUGACAUGCGUGGUUAGAACUUCCACAACACCCUGAUGUUUCCCCCCUUUCCAUCGCAAAGAACUAUGCAGGAAGGAUGGUCUGAACGAUAACAUAGAUGGCCGUUCCUAUUGUGCUCUCUGGGUAGAUUGAAUGCAGCUGUGUGCCAAAUACUAAACCACUUUGUGUGGGCACAACAAUGGCUGUUUGUUUUGGGAAGAUUUAUUGUUAUCUCAAAGGUGCACCUGUGAUGUCUCAUAGGGCAACAGAUUAUAUUUCAUGCACUCCACGGCAGAACAGGUAUGGCAAUAAUAGUUAUCACUUGCAAACAGGGGGACAAAGCUCAAAUCACUCUUCUCAUACAGUAAUGAUGUUCUGACCUGGGCAAGAGAGGAGCUUUGAAAAUGUGUUGUUUGUGUAGGAUGCCUAUCGAGUUUUCUCCCCACUGAGAAUCCUGCCAUUGACGUUACAGCUUAGGCAGCGCUUACGUGUCUCUGAGUGCAUGCAUGCAUGUGAUAAGUUUGAUCCCUCUCUUAGCGGAGCAAGCACAACCUGACCCCUUUGCUGAAUGGGUGAGGUAUUUGUCCUAGCACUAGGACUGGUUAAAAUGGCCAUGACAAUCCCAAACCAUGUUUAUGGCCAUAAUUCCUGAUGAUUUCUUGUCACACAAGCCCUUAUAUCACUUCACGUGUGAAAGAAAAACUUUCACUGCUGCUAUAUGUUUGAGGGGACGUGGGUGGCGCUGUGGGUUAAACCACAGAGCCUAGGGCUUGCCGAUCAGAAGGUCGGUGGUUCGUAUCCCCACGACAGGAUGAGCUCCCGUUGCUCGGUCCCUGCUCCUGCGCACCUAGCAGUUCGAAAGCACGUUAAAGUGCAAGUAGAUAAAUAGGUACCGCUCCGGUACAGCCCCACCAGCAAUAUAAUAUACUCCCAUGCAUUCUUAUAUAGUGUUAUUAUCCUAAUAUGUAUGUAGAUAUUAAUUGCAUACUUCGCCCUGUACGAACUCUUUCCAAAUGUUGUAAUAUUUAUCCAAACAAAAUCUAAAUCUUUAAGCAGUCUGUUCAUACUUUACGAGUGUUGUCAUACUGUCAAUCCAUUGAUCAAUGGGGAUCAUAUCUGCAUUCUUCCAACUUAUCAGUAUAAUAAAACUUACCUUCCCACUCUAAUAUUGCGUACUUAAGCCAGUCAGGUGGAAUGAAUGUCUAAAUCCUAUUGAAUUGCGUGCUGUUUUCCCCAACCUGAUUUAUCUCUAGUGACGUAUGGGAUGACAAGUUCAAAUGCCUAUUACUACACCAAAGUGAUGUCUGAACUCUUCUUGGAAACUCCUACGGACAGUGGUAUCUCUUUCCAGGAAAUUGGAAGCAUGGCUGACUUUUGGCGAGUGAGUACGCAACAAGCUCUGUGUUUCCUGUGUCAGAUUUUUCCUAGCAAACUGAAAGUGGCUCUCGUAAAUUGGCCUAUCAUAACUAACUGGCUUGAACUGGCCGUUACAAAUCGGCACAGGUUCAGCUGAAAGCUGUUCAUCCAACAGCUCAAAAUGGAUUAGCAGGAACGGGGGAGAAUUUUCAUUCGGUCCACAUUUGAAAGCAAAUUUGUGCCUCCAGGACACGUGGAUCAAAAUGCAACCAUUCUUUGGACUUUGCACCUCUCCGAACUUUGCAAAACAGUUCUUAGCUCCAAAAAUGUUUAAAAAAGAAGAAAUGUGUGCAUUUUAGGUUUAAAUGUGCACUUAAAAACAUUGCUAUAAAAUACAUGUUUAAAUAUGUAUUUUUGUGAUAAAAUGUGUAUUUAAAAACAAUCUUUGAAGACUCUUUUUUAAACCUUCGAAUGAAGGGGGAAAAUGAAUGGUAUGGACUUACGAAUGAACCCAUGUGAUAGAGACCCAGGCCAGAAAUAGAAUGAUCUAUUCAUCCCAGCUGAUCAGGGUUCCUUUUCAAUUUAUAUACACAUCAAGCCUGCCUGGACUUGGGAAUCAGUUGUGUUGGUGACUGCACAAUGAGCUAUGUGAGAAAAUGUACACACAGCCCAUGCCAUCAUGCGUUAGCAAUUUGUGCACAUGUCAGCUAGUAGCCCGUUGGCAAAGAUACUUCCCCCAGCACACACAAAGGGACUCUCCCACCCUCGGGUGCUCAGAGUCAUAACUCUUAUCUGCUUGCCUCACCCCCAGUGCACUCCCAACUUGGCUCUGCUCCCCAACCUUUUAGAGAGGCCUGUUAUACAAGGAGAGUCCUAACUGCUCCCCAUCCCCUUUUAAACUGAGAAUCUCUGCAAACAGAACCCAAUAAUACAUUUAGCCAUAUGAGAAAGGCAGUUUUCCAGUAGGGCUGCUAUACAUGUGGGUUUUCCUGGACACAUAAGGGAAUCGGGUUGCAAAAAUGGCGGCCGGGCGGAUUUUGGCUGAAUCGGCAAAAUGUCUGGGGAAAUCCGGACGUAUGGCAAGUAGGGCGAUUUUUUUUUUAUAAAAUGCUUUAAAAAUCCAAGAAAAGCCUGAAAACUUGAUGGGGGGAGGGGAUGUUCCCCCCAAAAAGUUCAACAACUUUGUGUGGAUUUUAGGAAUAUGGCAACCCUAGUUUCCAGUCUCCGGCCAUUCUGUGUGUUGUUGCUGUCUCAGAUCUCACGUCCUUCUUCUUGCCCCUUUCUGCAUAUCUCCACAGUAUACUCAAGGCCCAUUAUUGGACAGCUUGUAUUGGACCAAGUGGUAUAACAACGAAUCUCUAGGCCACAACACUCAGUCAUACAUCUAUUACGAGAAUUUGCUGCUGGGGGUCCCACGAAUGCGUCAACUGAAGGUGCAGAACAACUCGUGUGUGGUGCACGAAGACUUCAAGGAAGACAUUUUUGGCUGUUAUGAUGUCUACAGUGAGGAGAAGGAAGACAGGUCCCCCUUUGGGCUCCUCAAUGGAACAGCGUGAGUAGAUCAUAACUUCUGCCUUUUUUGAGUUUCACAAACUAAGAAUUUGGUCAUCCUCUCCACCGUUGGAAGCAGGGCCGGAUUUAGGUUUGAUGAGGCCCUAAGCUACUGAAGGUAAUGGGGCCCUUUAUAUCUCCAGCUGCCCUUUGUCAACAACAAAUUGGCACUGUUUUUCGCAUUGAAUGUAUGCUAUAUGGUAAUUGAUGGAUGUAAUAGGUAUCUAAAGCCAUCUGCACAUGUUGCCAUGCAACCAUUCCCUGAAAAAUGUAGACAUUUUGGAAAUGUACAUCCAGGUUUUCUUCCCCUUUAUUUUUUUUGGGGGCCCCCAAGAGAGUGGGGCCCUAAGCUAUAGCUUGCUUAGCUUAUAUGUAAAUCCUGCACUGGUUGGAAAGCAAAAUUAACGUCUACACCUUCAUAUCCUCCAAUGCUUUUCUGAUGGAAAUAGGCAUGUCCUAUUCUAUUUUGAGGGACGCGGGUGGCGCUGUGACCGUCUCUGGGGUUGCGGUGCUCAUCUCGCUUUAUUGGCCGAGGGAGCCGGCGUACAGCUUCCGGGUCAUGUGGCCAGCAUGACUAAGCCGCUUCUGGCGAACCAGUGCAGCGCACGGAAACGCUGUUUACCUUCCCACCGGAGUGGUACCUAUUUAUCUACUUGCACUUUGACGUGCUUUCGAACUACUAGGUUGACUGGAGCAGGGACCGAGCAACGGGAGCUCACCCCGUCACGGGGAUAUGAACCGCCGACCUUCUGAUCGGCAAGUCCUAGGCUCUGUGGUUUAACCCACAGCGCCACCCGCGCCCCUUCAAGGCGAUAGUUCUUACCUUUAGAUAAACCAUGAACCCGGGGUUCGGAUAACAUGCUAAGCCUAACCAUGGAGCCAAACAGGAGGAGCAGGACCUGUGGGGGAGCAAAGAGGCCAGCCAUAAUCUCCAUUCUGGAAGCCUGCGCAUUCGCUCCAUGCCUUGUUUCAGCGCAGAGUGAGCCAACGUCGCAUAAAGGGUUCCGAAAAUAUUUGCUGUAAAGAAUAUUGGCCAGAGUCCCAAGAACUGUGUUACUGGUUAUGUGCACCUCUGGGGCAUUAAGUUAAAUCUUUUUUGGAGGGGGGGGGAAUUCAUGUGCAAUAUGCACAUGGCAUCCCGAGUCUGGAAUAGAUAACAUUUUGGCUUUGUCCGUCAGCCCCCUCUUUCUCUUGUCGCGCCUUCCGUGUGCAGGUGGCAAUACCACACAGAGGAAGAACUGGACGGUUCCUCUCACUGGGGCCGGCUGACAAGUUACAGCGGAGGAGGUUAUUACAUGGAUCUCAAAAUGACCCGUCGGGAAAGCGCUAGAGCUCUCCGAGUCCUGAAAGAAAACUUGUGGCUGAAUCGGGGAACUCGCGUGGUUUUCAUUGACUUUUCUGUGUACAAUGCCAAUAUCAACCUUUUCUGCGUUCUGAGGUGAGUGACCAUCUGUUACCCAUUUCAUAUGUCAUUUAAUGUGUCAAUACAAAGGGAAGUUGUUAAUAUUGCAGUUGUUGUACAAGGAAUUGUUAUCUCGACUGGAGUGUGAUUGAAAUUAAUAAGAUUUUGGAACGCAGAAAUAAAGAAAAUCGUUAAACCAUCAAUUCUAGCACGUGGGGGGGGGGUCAUAGCUGUCAACGUUUCCCUUUUCUUGCGAGGAAUCCUAUUCGGAAUAAGGGAAUUUCCCUUUAAAAAAAGGAAAACAUUGACAGCUGGGGGGGGGCACCUAAAUUACAGUGGUACCUCAGGUUACAUACGCUUCAGGUUAUAGACGCUUCAGGUUACAGACUCCACUAACCCCGAAAUAGUACCUCGGGUUAAGAACUUUGCUAAAGGAUGAGAACAGAAAUCGUGCAGCGGCAGCAGGAGGCCUCAUUAGCUAAAGUGGUGCUUCAGGUUAAGAACAGUUUCAGGUUAAGAACGGACCUCCGGAACGAAUUAAGUACUUAACCCGAGGUACCACUGUAUUUAAUUUGGUAUCAGGAUGACUGGUAUUAGUAAUUGUAUUAUAAUUUGGCAUUGUUAUAAUGAGGCUAUUAUUGGAAUGCAAUUGAAAACUAAUAAGAAUUAUUACCAAAGACUGCAGAAUAGUUACAAAACCAAUUUGCAGAGCGGGUGAGUUCAUCUUUCAAUCACGUUUUGUAUAUACGCCUAUUGAUCUGCCAUUCUUCUUUGAGGCACGUCAAUGGAAAGUGCAGCAUUGGUUUUUGCCCAUAAACAUUCUCUUCCCUCCAUACUAGGUUAGUGAUCGAAUUCCCAGCCACCGGUGGAGCCAUCCCUUCGUGGCAGAUCCGAACAGUGAAGCUCCUCCGCUAUGUCAGCACCUGGGACUUCUUCAUUGUCGCUUGUGAGAUCGUCUUCUGCGUCUUCAUCUUCUACUACGUGGUGGAAGAGAUCUUGGAGCUGCGCAUUCACAGGCUCAAGUACUUCACCAGUAUCUGGAACAUCUUGGACAUCGUUGUCAUAUUGGUGAGAUUUCUUUCCAUUCAUAUUGAACGAACCACUGAAAUUUUACACAGGAAAGACACAUCGCUUGGGUCCAAGAAGGCCACAACUUUUAUUGAUGACAGAUGAAGGGUUUGGCAAGUUAUUGGGGAACUAAUUUGACCAUCAGCCUGCCUGCUGAGCUAUACAGUGGUACCUCGGGUUAAGUACUUAAUUUGUUCCGGAGGUCCGUUCUUAACCUGAAACUGUUCUUAAGCUGAAUCACUACUUUAGCUAAUGGGGCCUCCAGCUGCCGCCACGCCACCGGAGCACGAUUUCUGUUCUCAUCCUGAAGCAAAGUUCUUAACCCGAGGUACUAUUUCUGGGUUAGCGGAGUCUGUAACCUGAAGCAUAUGUAACCUGAAGCAUAUGUAACCCGAGGUACCACUGUAUACCAUUUGGGGUCAACCCGAGGAGAAGAGGACCUAAUGACACACAUCAAGGAGGUCCCCCCUGUGGGAUUGACACCUUGAGGAGUGCUAUGGCCCUUGCCCCUGCCUGGGUGUCAGGAAUGAGUCAGCUCCAAGCGAAAAGUUGCAGCUAAAUGCAGAAAACAGCCAGGAACAGAGAGGCGGCUUUGAUGUUAGUCAGACAGGGGAAAACCAGCAGCUGCAUACUCCGGCUCCUCCUGAUCUUGAUGUGCAAGCUGAUAAGACAGGAACGGAGAGCAGGCUAGAACGCAGUCAAAGCUCGCCAGAAGUACAAACAGGCAGGAAAGAGUUAAGAGACAGCCUCUCAGAGAACGGGGAAGAGGCGGGAGCUGACCCACUCAGUCUGAGAUCUCGACGAAUGGGAGGGCUGUAGGAUAGGAAGCAAAACGAAAGACGUCAGAAGCGAAAGUUCAGUUGCUUCUGGUCUUGAAUAAUGGUGCCGGAGGCUUUGUUCCAGCCGCCCGGAGCUAUCUGGGUUUUUUUUGCAAUAAAUCCUCCUUUUUAAUUAGCUUCACUUACUGUGUUAUCAAGCUGAGAACCUGGACUCCUGACACUGGGUUUCCAGACAAAAGCAGCUCCUCCUGGAUCCCUUUAAUAGGAUACCUCUGCACUUUUAGAGGGGCAGGCAGAGGCUGCAACCGCCCCUCCACCAAAGACUAAGGUUGUCUGGGAGCUGACAAGGAGAGCAGCACAGAUCAGAUCAGAGAAAGACAGGGAAACAACAUACCCUCCGACAUUCAUCUGAUGAAAAUAGGGACGUCCUAAGCAAAAGGGGGACAUUCUGGGGUCAAAUCAGAAACUGGGACAGCUUCUGUAAAUCUGGGACUGUCCCUGGAAAACAGGGACACUUGGAUGGUAUGCAGGGCCGGAUUUAGGUUUGAUUCAGUAGCCCUAGGCUACUGAAGGUAAUGGGGCCCUUUAUAUCUCCAGCUGUCCUUUGUCAACAACAAAUUGGUGCUGUUUUUCAUGUUGAAUAUAUGCUAUAUGGUAAUUUAUGGACCUCAUAGGUAUCUAAAGCCAUUUGCACAUAAAAAAAUAUGUAUUUUAAUAUUAACAGGUAUAACAGGAUGCGGGUGGUGCUAUGGGUUAAACCACAGAGCCUAGGACUUGCCGAUCAGAAGGUCGGCAGUUUGAAUCCCCGCGACGGGGUGAGCUCCCGUUGCUCGGUCCCUGCUCCUGCCAACCUAGCAGUUUGAAAGCAUGUCAAAGUGCAAGUAGAUAAAUAGGUACCACUCCGGCGGGAAGGUAAACAGCAUUUCCGUGCACUGCUCUGGUUCACCAGAAGCGGCUUAGUCAUGCUGGCCACAUGACCCGGAAGCUGUACGCUGGCUCCCUCGGCCAAUAAAGGGAGAUGAGCGCCGCAACCCCAGAGUCGGGCACGACUGGACCUAAUGGUCAGGGGUCCCUUUACCUUUACCUAACAGGUACAACAGCUUGACCUACAUUCAACUGUGCUGCACUGCAGUCUGCAGCUGCAUGCUACAUGUUGCCAUGCAACCAUUCCCUGCAGAAUGUAGGUACCCUAUAUAUAGAAAUCAGCAAACCAGUGAUAUUUUAGGGAGCAAGCUAGCAGGCGGGGCCCAUGACUUACAUCAUAGGAGCCUACACAACACCAAUACAGUGGUACCUCGCAAGACGAAUGCCUCGCAAGAUGGAAAACUCGCAAAACGAAAGGGGUUUUGGUUUUCUGAGUUGCUUCGCAAGACGAUUUUCCCUAUGGGCUUGCUUCGCAAGACGGAAACGUCUUGCAAGUUUGUUUCCUUUUUCUUAAAACCGUUAAUACAGUGGCGACUUGACUUCGAGUAGCAACUCAUAGCACGCGGUGUGGUAGCCUUUUUUGAGGUUUUUGAAGACUUUGGUGAUUUUUGAAGCUUUUCCAAAGCUUUUCCGACACCGUGCUUCGCAAGACGAAAAAAACCUCAAGACGUAAAAACUUGCGGAACGAAAUAAUUUCGUCUUGCGAGGCACCACUGUACCUGCUGCAUGUAGGUUUUAUUUGUUUUUUAUCUUAUAUUUUGGAAAUGUACAUCCAGGUUUUUUUUCUUUAAUUUUGGGGGGGGCCCAAGAGAGUGGGACCCUAAGCUAUAGCUUGUUUAGCUUAUAUGUAAAUCCGGCACUGGUGGUAUGCAAUAUGCGAAGCAGCUAACUAUGUUAAGUAUGAUUGCAAUCUCACCUUUGCAGAAAUUAGAAUUGUUUCUCAACUAAUUAGCAGGCGACAAGAGAAACUGCCUUGCCCCAAUAGUCUUCAUUCGAAAAUGCACUUUCACCUAAUGAACCUUCAUUGGGACACCUUCAUUGGGAGGGUGUGAUAGGGCAUGGUAUCUUUCCUAGGCACCAAGCACAAGGGUGGCAAAACAAUUUGUUCAGCAGUUCUAAAGCACCCGACAACCAGCAGUGCUGUCAAAGUCCCUUUGGGCCAACCUUUCUCACACCUGACGUCAUAUGUGAUGUUCCCCACCCCUGGUGUAGUCAAGCAAUAUGGCUACAGAAAGUCCGAAAGAAUGAUGAGGCUCCACUCUCUGUAGAAUUUCCUUUAAAUCCCAGGGUUUUCUCCUCAGCUUUCUAUUGUAGCCAUCGGAUUCCACAUCUUUCGCACCAUUGAGGUCAACAGGUUGAUGGGACAGCUUCUGAGAAACCCCAGCAUCUAUGCGGACUUUGAAUUCCUGGCUUUUUGGCAGACUCAGUACAACAACAUGAACGCUGUGAACUUGUUCUUUGCCUGGAUCAAGGUAUCUAUCUAUCUGUCUAUCUAUCUAUCUAUCUAUCUAUCAUCUAUCAUCUAUCAUCUAUCAUCUAUCUAUCAUCUAUCAUCUAUCAUCUAUCUAUCUAUCAUCUAUCUAUCUAUCAUCUAUCAUCUAUCUAUCUAUCUAUCUAUCUAUCAUCUAUCUAUCUAUAUCUAUCUAUCAUCUAACUAUCUAUCUAUCUAUCUAUCUAUCAUCUAUCUAUCUAUAUCAUCUAUCUAUCUAUCAUCUAUCAUCUAUCAUCUAUCAUCUAUCAUCUAUCUAUCUACCUAUCUAUCAUCUAUAUAUUUAUCUAUCUGAUUUCUAUACUGCCCUUCAUCUGAGGAUAACAGGGCGAUAUACAAGAUAAAAACUUGGCUUCCUGACUAUGAAUCCGUUUGUUGUCAGCCAAAGAUUCCAGCACUCCUAGGAUGGAGCAUCUAUAUUAUGCAUAGAAUCAUUAAUAAAUAUUUUAUAUAUAUAUAUAAUGCAUAGAAUCAUAGAGUUGGAAGGGACCCCAAGCGCCAUCUAACCCAAUCCCUGCAGAAAUCUCAACUGAUGCAUCUAUGAUAGAUGGCUACCCAACCUCUGCUUCUAAACCUCCAAGGGAGGAGAGUUCACAACCUCUCAAGGGAGACCGUUCCACUAUUGAACAACUCUUAUUGUCAGGAAGUUCUUCCUGAUGUUUAGUUGGGAUCUCCUUUCUUGUAACUUGAAGCCAUGGGUUCUGGUCCCACUCUCCAGAGCAGGAGAAAACAAGCUUGUUCCCUCCUCCAUGUGACAGCCCUUCAGAUACUUGAAGAUGUCUGUCAUAUCUCCGCUCAGUCUCCUUCACCCUCAUCUUCUCCCCUGCCCUCCAAGGGUGCCAUCUCUAGGGGACCCUGGGUGCUUGAGCACCCACCAAAAUUUUUGGGUGGGUGCCCAGCACCCACACCGCAUGGCCCCUAAAGCAACUUCUGGUGCCUCGUGAAACACCAGAAGUCACGUCCGAGGCACAAAGCAGAGCGGAAAUACAGUGCAAACAACAUGCUGUAUUGAAUGAAUACAGAAUGUAAUAUUUUACAUUGAAAUGCGGGACGAUCCUGUAUUAUACAGGAUGGGUGGCAACCCUACCACAGCAACUGGAAACAUGCUGAAAAUGUACCCCUCAACACUUUUAACUGUGGUUCUUUACAAGGCAUAUCAUUCUCCCUCUCUGGUUUUUGUCAAAAACUAUUUAUGUGCUGUACUCAAGCUGGCUGAGGACGGCAUGCUUUCAUUGGCUGGGUGAAGUCCUGAGUGGUUCAAAAGUCAUUCAGGUGUCGCUGCUCCAUUGAAGCCUAAGGCAGCAGCUGCUGGCUAGACAAUAUGGGGUGCAUGCGUUUUAAAUGUUGAAAUGAAAAAUUUCCAGGAUGACAAAAUUUGCAGAGGGAGCCACCUACCGGAUGUUGUGUGCAAUGUCUGCCCCUUUUGUCAUGAAUAAAACAGGCCUGUUUGGAAGACUGAGGAACUGCCGCACAACCACAGCACAACCCCUUACAACCUGAUACCCAUACAGACAACCCCAUAUUGGAGGGGACAUUUUCUGUUUUCAACAGAGGUAUGCUGGAGAGUAUGGAACAGACACACCCUGCUCCCUCAAACCAUCAGCCACAGAAGACCUGCAUCUGAGGUACAGUGGUACCUCAGGUUAAGUACUUAAUUCGUUCCGGAGGUCCGUACUUAACCUGAAACUGUUCUUAACUUGAAGCACCACUUUAGCUAAUGGGGCCUCCUGAUGCCGCCACGCUGCCGGAGCACGAUUUCUGUUCUCAUCCUGGAGCAAAGUUCUUAACCUGAAGCACUAUUUCUGGGUUAGCGGAGUCUGUAACCUGAAGCGUAUGUAACCUGAAGCAUAUGUAACCCGAGGUACCACUGUAUACCAUUAGCGCCCUGUCAAUCUUUGUCACUUAAGAGGAAGUCCAUAAAUUCCCCCAGACUUUCUCCUCAUCCCAUCUCACUUUAACCUGUCCUUAACCUGUCCUUCUCUUUUCCUUCCCCAUCCAGAUAUUCAAAUACAUUAGCUUUAACAAAACGAUGACACAGCUCUCCUCCACCUUAGCUCGCUGUGCGAAGGACAUUCUAGGCUUUGCCAUCAUGUUCUUCAUCGUCUUCUUUGCCUACGCCCAGCUGGGAUACCUUCUCUUCGGGACCCAAGUGGAAAACUUCAGCACCUUUGUCAAAUGCAUGUGAGUGGGCCUCCCUUUCCUUCUCCUCCUCCUCCUCACCCUCCUUUAAGGUUUUUGGUCGCAUGCCACCACAUAGGUUGGUAAGCACUGAGUUGCUACCUUCCUCAACUCCCUGCUGUAAAUCUAUACUGUCUUCCUCUUCCUCCUCCCUGGGAGGGUCAGGAUGGGGAGGCGGUCUCCACCAUUCCCCCUCUGCCCAGUCCCUGACACCUUCUGACCCUAAUCUCUCUCAUUAAGGAUAUCAUAAGCUAUUGCGGAUGCAAGCAGCCCCCCACUUUCUGCUUGAAUUUGGCCCCACAGCUUGACCUGCCCUGCACCUGAUGCCCAGUGAUUUCAGGAAAUGGACAGGUGGCUCCUACUUCAUGGACCAAAUGGGGAGGCCUGGUGGGACGAAGAGGUUCCCCACUGAGGCACUAACCUUACAACUUCAGUUAUAUGUUUUGUGCACAGAAGGUUCUGACAUGGGAAGUAGGUGUAUUACAAGCCCAGCACAGCACUGCAAAGCUCUAAUUCUAGACUGCCAAAGCCCUGAGCUCCUCCAUUCAAGGUCUAGGGAUACACGGUGACAUAUUUACCACUUGAACUUAUUUUUUGCACCCAGCGAGGCAUUCUGCCAUACAUCACUGACCCUCGCCCUCUUCCUACCUUCCAGCUUCACCCAAUUUCGAAUAAUCCUCGGCGACUUUGACUACAACGCCAUUGACAACGCUAACCGGGUCUUGGGGCCGAUAUAUUUUGUCACCUACGUCUUCUUUGUCUUCUUUGUGCUGUUGGUAAGUUGUGCGUUAUUGCUUUCUAUUGCUCCUGCCAACCUAGCAGUUCGAAAGCACAUCAAAGUGCAAGUAGAUAAAUAGGUACCGCUCUGGCGGGAAGGUAAACAGCGAUACCGUGUGCUGCUCUGGUUCACCAGAAGCGGCUUAGUCAUGCUGGCCCCAUGACCUGGAAGCUGUACGCCGGCUCCCUCGGCCAAUAAAGCGAGAUGAGUGUCGCAACCCCAGAGUCGGCCACGACUGGACCUAAUGGUCAGGGGUACCUUUUACAGAGAUUACCGCUGUUUCUCAAGCGUCCCUAUUUUCCAGGGACAGUCCUGGAUUUACAGAAGCCAUCCCUGUUUCUGAUUUGAUCCCGGAAUGCCCCACUUUCCCUUAAGACGUCCCUUUUUUCUUCGGAAAGAUGUUAGAGGGUAUGAAGUGAUGUGACCUCUGAGCCAAGCAGCUAGGAGCAAAUGCAUUGGUAUUUUGCAAAGAGAUGAAGCUGCAAAUUUGCCAGCUGGAAACCACUCCAAGACCUCCUGCAUUUUGGAAUAUAUUAGAUGCUGUUCUCAAGUUAUACACCAUCAGGCAAACAAACAAACAGAUUAUUGUCACAACAGCUCAAUGUAGGGCUUUGCUCUAGAUUUGGGAAAUCUUUCUGCUUUACACCAACAAAAUAUUGCAAACAAGAUGGCAGGAGUCCCAGCUUGGCCUCGUGACCAUGGGAAGCCCGGGGCUGUGGGUGCCAUGCCAGUGUGGUGUAGUGGUUAAGAGCAGUAGACUCGUAAUCUGGGGAACCGGGUUCGCGCCUCUGCUCCUCCACAUGCAGCUGCUGGGUGACCUUGGGCUAGUCACACUUCUCUGAAGUCUCUCAGCCCCACUCACCUCACAGAGUGUUUGUUGUGGGGGAGGAAGGGAAAGGAGAAUGUGAGCUGCUUUGAGACUCCUUCAGGUAGUGAUAAAGAGGGAUAUCAAAUCCAAACUCUUCUUCUUCUUCUUCUUCUUCUCUGGCACUGAAAUUUGUGGGUGCCCAGCCCCUUCAUGGGGAAUUUUGUGGGUGCUUGGGCACCCAGGGUCCCAGGGCGUUGUCCCUUAUGAUACAGGGAGUGUGAAGCAGUGGUUCCAGACUUAACGAAACAAAAGUGCUUGUAUAUUUUAUUCGGGAUUGCUCAAAGCAGUGCUGCCUGGAGCAAGCAGCAGUUCUUUGCAUCGAGCAAGUCUUAAGCAAGAGUGCUUAUAAGUGGUGUCGUGAAGAAGAGUUUUGCACCUCCAUCUUCUUUUCUUCUCAGUUUGUCUAGGUCAGGGGUAGGGAACCUGUAGCCCUCCAAAAGUUUUUGGGCUCCAGCUCUAAUCAGCCCGAACCAGCAUGGCCAAUGGCAAACCCUCCCAGUGUCCUUAUUUUCCAGGGACGUCCCUGAUUUAGAGAAGCCGUCCCAGUUUCUCAUUGGAUCCCGGAAUGUCCUGCUUUUCCUUAGGACGUCCCUAUUUUCAUUGGAGAAAUGUUGGAGGGUUUGGUAGGACGUCCCUAUUUUCACUGGAGAAAUGUUGGGGAGGGUAUUGAGUUAUCUGACCCCCCAAGCCGUCUGGUGGCAAUCCUAUUUAGGGAAGUUUUUUCAAUGUUUUAUUAUGUUUUCAUAUGUGUUGGAAGCCACCCAGAGUGGCUGGGGCAACUCAGUAGGAUGUGUGGGGUAAAGGUAAAGGUAAAGUGGCCCCUGACCAUUAGGUCCAGUUGCGGAUGACUCUGGGGUUGUGGCGCUCAUCUCACUUUAUUGGCCGAGGGAGCUGGCAUACAGCUUCCGGGUCAUGUGACCAGCAUGACUAAGCCGCUUCGGGCGAACCAGAGCAGUGCACGGAAACGCCGUUUACCUUCCCACCACAGCGGUACCUAUUUAUCUACUUGCACUGGUGUGCUUUCGAACUGCUAGGUUGGCAGGAGCAGGGACCAAGCAACGGGAGCUCACCCUGUCGCUGGGAUUCGAACUGCCGACCUUCCAAUCGGCAAGCCCUAUUCUCAGUGGUUUAGACCACAGCACCCACGUCCCUAGAUGGUGUAUAAAUAGUAAAAUUAUCAUUAUGGAAGGGGGCGUCCCUAUUUUCAUGCGAGAAAUGUUGGAGGGUAUGCAAUGGUCAGGGAUUGUGGGGGCUAUAAUACUAUGUCCCCCCCCAGCACUGAACUAGAAGAAGAAGAAGAAGAGUUUGGAUUUGAUAUCCUGCCCUUCACUCCCUUUAAGGAGUCUCAAAGCGGCUAACAUCCUCCUUUCCCUUCCUCCCCCACAACAAACACUCUGUGAGGUGAGUGAGGCUGAGAGACUUCAUAGAAGUGUGACUGGCCCAAGGUCACCCAGCAGCUGCAUGUGGAGGAGCGGAGACACGAACCCGGUUCCCCAGAUUACGAGACUACCGCUCUUAACCACUACACCACACUGGCUCUCUUGUGGCUCUAGGUGGCUUGUGGCACAUUUCCUUCUUUUUGGCACUGCCACUAAAUAGGUGGAGUGGGAAAGACUACAUUAUCUGUGACAGCAGUUGAGCCUAUAUAUAUUUUAAGAUUCUUGAAGUGUUAAAGUUGGGAGGUAUAAUUUACUUUCAUUUGCUCCAUGGAGCAAAGAAGGUGCUUUAUGUGUCUAGUCCACAUGGAGGAACUGACCCUUCUGUUUCUCUUCCCACAGAACAUGUUCCUGGCUAUUAUCAACGACACGUAUUCUGAAGUCAAAGAGGAGCUUUCAAACCAGAAGAAUGAACUGCAGCUCACAGACAUCCUGAAACAGGUUCCUUCAUUAAUUGAAAUCCACAUUUCCUCUCCUGUAAAAUGUGGAUUAUGUUUCGGAGGGUUUGCGCAUUGAGAAAACGCUCACCAUUAUAAGGCUUUUCUGUGAAACAAUAGGUGAUGGGGAGAGGGGAAUUUGGGGUGUUUGUUUGAAUCCUGUCAAUGAAUGGUGUGGGGGAUAAACCUGAUAGAGGAUUAAGGUUGACUCUAGGCAAGAUUCCCCCACACCAGCUUCAAAAUUAGGUGACCUGCUACAGAAACACACACCCCCCUUUCCUUUUGAACCCCCACAUCCUGAAACAACAAAGGCUCUACUUCAGAAGCCGUAAGGAGGGAAAAGAAGAGCGGUCUCUUCCUCCUCCCAAUUUCUGCAGCUUCAGAUGCUACAUGGCAGCACCCUGGCAUACAGAACCCCAGCAACCCUUGGGAUGCAUAAUUUCCUCAAGGCCCACAAAACUAUGGGUCCUUCUGCCCCACUGUUAUGCAUCACGCUGGAUGCCGGGAAGAGGGAAGAGGGAGGAACAGCUUAUCUCCCCCUUGGACUACUGCAAUACACUCUACAUGGGGCUACCUGUUAUGUACUGAAGUUCUCACCCUGGGUCAGCAGGGGGAUACUGUAGAUAGUUUUCACUCAGGUCCACAUAUGCAAAUAAGGGAUUGAAGGUGACGUUCGGUGAUUGGCUAGUUACAGAAAGUGGUUACUGUUGCGUUGUAGUGGAGCUCUAUAUAAGCAGGCUGGCUGAACCCUUCAGUUCUGUUCUGUUCUGGCCUGUGAAUAAACAAGAGCUGUCUGAAGAAUCGCUGUGUCGUCUGAUACGUUCACCCACAACAUUACCUUUGAAGGGGACUCAGAAAAUACAACUAAUCCAGAAUGCGGCAGCUAAACUGGUGACUGGGAGUAGCCGCCAGGACCAUAUAACACCGAUCCUAAAGGAUCUUCACUGGCUCCCAGUACAUUUCCGAGCACAAUUCAAAGUGUUGGUGCUGACCUUUAAAGCCCUAAACGGCCUCAGCCCAGUAUACCUGAAGGAGUGUCUCCACCCCCAUCGUUCAGCCCGGACACUGAGAUCCAGCACCGAGGGCCUUCUGGUGGUUCCCUCAUUGUGAGAAGUGAGGUUACAGGGAACCAGACAGAGGGCCUUCUUGGUAGUGGGGCCCGCCCUGUGGAACGCCCUCCCAUCAGAUGUCAAGGAGAUAAAGAAUUACAUAACUUUUAGAAGAAGAAGAGUUUGGAUUUGAUAUCCCACUUUAUCACUACCCGAAGGAGUCUCAAAGCGUCUAACAAUCUCCUUUCCCUUCCUCCCCCACAACAAACACUCUGUGAGGUGAGUGAGGCUGAGAGACUUCAGAGAAGUGUGACUAGCCCAAGGUCACCCAGCAGCUGCAUGUGGAGGAGCAGGGAAGCGAACCCAGUUCACCAGAUUACGAGUCUAACGCUCUUAACCACUAUACCACACUGGUUCUUUAGAAGACAUCCAAGGCUGCCUUGUAUCAGGAGGUUUUAAAUGCUUGAUGGUUUUAUUAUGUUUUUAGAUAUGCUGUAAGAUGCCCAGAUGGGUGGGGUAUAAAUAAUAAAAAAUAUUAUUAUUAUUAGUGUGCAAGCCACUCUCCACCAUUAUUAUUAUUAUUAUUAUUAUUAUUAUUAUUAUUAUUAAGCUCUUCAGACACACUGCAGAGAGAACUGGAAGGUCUGCGGGGUGGGGACAUGUGAACUCACUUUGAUGUCUUGUGAAGGAUUAUGCUGAUUUCAUUGUGACCAUAUUCCAGACUGUUCAUGUUGCUGCCAUACCUCUUCUCUCUGCCUGCAGCAGGGUGAGGCAGCAAGGCUGAAUUUUUCUAUGCAUCUUUUAACUCUAGGGCUAUAAUAGGACCCUAAUGAAGCUGAAGCUGAAAAAAGACCGGAUCUCUGAUGUGCAAAAAGCUUUGCAGAAAGGGACCAAGGAGCUGGAAUUUGAAGACUUUAAGAACAGCUUGAGAGAGUAAGUUGCUUCAGAGCUUGCAGAGAACCUUCACGGAAGUACCUCAUACUGCAGACUGGCAUCAGCCAACAAACAAUGUUUGAUGCUAGACUUCCUCACAUAUCUUAGUCUCACUGUGGGAAUGUUCAGGGAGGCAGGAGAGGAUAUAUUGUUUAUUAAUAUCCUUCCUAACUUGCGCUAGCAAGUUCUAUAACUUAGCAAAGUUUUACAUUCCCCUUUUAAACGCACAGCAAAUAGCUGGUUGCAGGCUCGUUUAAGCCUCUCACAAUAAAGUUCCUGGUAAGUCCCCUUAUUAUCCCUCUUAAAAGAAUGAACACGCCACAAUCUUGUUUAAAGUACACAAGUUUACUCACAUCAUCAGUUCACAGUUGGAUCCCUGAAGGCAGACAUAGUUACAAAGUAUAUACUGUACAUUUGGAUCGAUCCCAUAUGGGGGAAUAAUCCCAGUGACUGCAGGCUAGCAGUCCUGCAGUUCACAUGACGGAAGGAAGAUGGAGAAGAGUCGAAAAGAAGAAAGUGUGUUGCGUGCCUUGCCCUUUUUGUUACAUGGGCAGGUAAGGUCACGCCCACCUCUAGUCACAUGCAAGAGGAAGGAUGCUCCAAGCCAGGAGGAAACGGAGUUUUUGACUGGCUGGACCAAACAUUCCUGUGCUGGUCCCGUGGGUUUCUAUGAGGUGUGGUCCGAGUUCAGUCCGAGGUUGAGGGUGCAGUAUUGAGGCCGGCCGUCAAAGCUGAAGCUGGGUCCAAAGUAGGGAGUCGGGCGAGGUCAGGAGAUCCGGCAGGACAGGUUGCAGGCAGGAACAGGCUACCAACAAUGUUGCUUCCGCAACCUGGGACUGGGCUGGCUGGCUUUUAUCUGCCCUGAGGCAUAGGGCAGCCCCAGUCCACAGGUGACUCACCUCUCCUGGCCUGGAGGCAAGCACUCCUCCUGCGGGAACUUAGUUCCCUCCGCCUCUCUGCCCUGAGCCUCUGCAGCUCAGGAGAGGCCAAAGGGUUACCAGACCCAGAGGCAACCUCAGCUUCCCCUGACGGGGCUGAGAGUGGAGCACCAGCAGACAAUGGGUCCUCCAUCACCUCAGGAGCCAGAGCAGACUCAGCUGAUGCCUGCACAUGAGGAUCCAGCACAGGUGAGGACCCUUCAGGCUCAAGCCCCAGCCCUGGCUCAGCUGGUUCUGGAGGCGGGGAAUCCUGUGCAGGCUGGGAUUCCUCAGGUUCAGCCUCCGAGUCCGAAUCCCAGGCCAUCACAAUUCCCCCAGAUGUCUUCUCUAGGAAAAGAAGGAAUGUUGUACUUGACUGCUCCUCAUGUAUCACAUCCCACACUCACAGCAUAUGCUGAAGGGGUGGCCAAAGCGUUUUGCCGAACUUUUCAUCUAUAAUAAGAAUGUUAGGUGUUCAGGGCCUGUGUUUCAGUUCAAUUCUCUCUCCUGCUGUCCUUCCUUCCUUAGGCUUGGCCAUGCUGAGCACGAGAUCACAGCAGCCUUUGCAAAGUUCGAUAAAGAUGGGAACCAGAUUCUGGAUGAGGAGGAGCAGAAGAGAAUGCGGAACGACUUGGAGGAGAAGAGAGUAAGGAUGCAUUUUCACUCUGUGUCACAGGAGUACCUUGGACUGUGGUCCUGAGUUUUAAAAGCACGAUGGUCAAACCUGAACACGAUAAAAAUGAUUGGCUGCUUCUUCUUUCCUAGGUUGCUUUGAAUGCAGAAAUUGAGAAUUUGGGGAAAUCCUUCAGAGACAACAAUUUGGACGGCCCAUUUGCCAUUGCGGAUGCAAAGAACAAUCAAGGAAACAAAUCUAGCCUGGUGUCUGAGGAGGAGUUCCAAACGUCUGUAUUAUUAUUUAAUUUUAUUAGUACCUGUCAAAUACACUCAUCAGAAUAUACACACCCAAAAAGAGAUCACUAAAUUAUGUAUUAUGCAAAACAUAGGUAUGGCGCCUAUACUCCAUACCUUCCAACAUUUCUCUGAUGAAAAUAGGGAUGUCCUAUUCAAUAAUAAUAAUAAUAAUAAUAAUAAUAAUAUUUAUACCCCGCCCACCUGACUGGGUUGCCCCAGCCACUCUUGGCAGCUUCCAACAUAUAUAAAAACACAAUAAAACAGUACACAUUUAAAAAACUUCCCUCUACAGGGCUGCCUUAGAUGUCUUCUAAUGGUUGUAUACAGUGCUUUUUUUCUUUAAAAAAUGUUCAGGGGUACUCUCGUUUCACUCAAUAAAAUCACCAUUUUAUAGUUCAAAUAUAAAAUAAAUACAGUAAAUGGACAAAAGUACAAAGAACAUGCAUUACUCAUAUUGAAAUACUGCCCCUCAGUGAGGCCAAACUUUUAUCAGUAAAACACCACACAUCCACAUUCCACACUGCUUCACACAUUAAAUGCUCGCUUCUGUCUGAGACUCAGGAAACACCAGGAAAGGAAAUGAGGCAGCCAUUGGAGGUGGUAACAAUAAAACUAACCAAUCACAGUGCUAGAUUUCAACUGUAUUGUAUUGUUUUAAUAUUUGGUUGGAAGCCGCCCAGAGUGGCUGGGGAAACCCAGCCAAAUGGGUGGGGUAUAAAUAAUAAAUUAUUAUUAUUAUUAACUCUUACUUCACACGUUGGGAUGUGGGUGGCGCUGUGGGUUAAACCACAGAGCCUAAGACUUGCCGAUCAGAAGGUUGGUGGUUCAAAUCCCCACGAAGGGGUGAGCUCCCAUUGCUCGGUGCCUGCUCCUGCCAACCUAGCAGCUUGAAAGCACGUCAAAGUGCAAGUAGAUAAAUAGGUACCGCUCCGGCGGGAAGGUAAACGGCGUUUCAGUGCGCUGUUCUGGUUCGCCAGAAGCGGCUUAGUCAUGCUGGCCACAUGACCCGGAAGCUGUACGCCGGCUCCCUCGGCCAAUAAAGGGAGAUGAGCGCCCCAACCCCAGAGUCGGCCACGACUGGACCUAACGGUCAGGGGUCCCUUUACUUUACCUUACUUCACACGUUAAACACUCGCUGCUGUCUGAGACUCAGGAAAAAACACUGUGACAGGAAACAAGGCCGCCAUCGGGGGUAGCAACGGAACUGAUGAUUCACCAUGCUAGAAAAAAACCUUUAAAAUUUAAAAUUUUUAGCUUCUUCUCCCGUUAGAUUCACAAAAUGUUUAGGGGUAUGCAUACCCCUGCGUCCCCCCAGAAAAAAAAACACUGGUUGUAUGGCUACUUACUCCUUGGCUCAGGGGUCGCCUAACUCCAUACCAUCCAACAUUUCUCCAAUGAAAAUAGGAGAAAAGCAGGGCAUUUGGGGAUGAAAUCAGAAACCGGGGUGGCUUCUGUAAAUCCAUGACUGUGCCUGGAAAAUAGGGACACUCAGAGGGUCUAAUAUUCCCCUUCUGAUAUCAAACGAAUUUGGAAGAGUUGGGCUCAAAACUAGAAGUGGAGAAUGGGAAUAAUCUCUCCUUUGCUGAUUGAUGCACAAAGAGGUCAGCACAGGAACAAACCUCACUUUCUUCCGCAGACUCCUGAGACGGGUUCUGCAGCUGGAGCAUUCCAUUGGGGGGGUCAUAUCCAAGACGGACGCCUUGGUGGUUAAACUGGAGGGACUGGAGAGAAGCAAAUUCAAGAACAAGGACUCCGUGAGCAAACUUCUCAACAACAUUAGCAAAGUAGGUAUCUGUAGGUUCCAAUUGCAACAUCCUAUCUACUCAGGGUGCAGAAUCCACAUUGGGCAAUCCUCCCCCCCCCCAAAAAAAAUCUCAACAACUCUGGGCAAUCCCCCUCCCCUUUUCUGAAAUUUUAGUCCCCCCAAAUAAAAGGUGUCUUAUACACGGGGGCAUGUUAUACACAGAAAAGUACGGUGUCCACUCUACGCAAUAGAAUGGGGCCAAGGCUUUGACCUGGUUCACCAGUGACAUGAAACCCAAGCUUAAAACAAACUGUAGUUCAGGCUUCCUCAGCCUUGGCCCUCCAGAUGUUUUGAGACUACAACUCCCAUCAUCCUUGACCACUGGUCCUGCUAGCUAGGGAUCAUGGGAGUUGUAGGCCCAAAACAUCUGGAGGGUCGAGGUUGAUGAAGCCUGCUGUAGUUCAAUGCGAAUCAACAAUUGUGCUGGCCCACACUGCUCAGAAGUGUCUUGAAAUUGAUUUACAGGUGGCAUUUAACUCCGAGUAGGCUUGCUAAAGGGACGCGGGUGGCGCUGUGGCGCCACAGAGCCUAGGAUUUGCCGAUCAGAAGGUCAGCGGUUCGAAUCCCUGCAACGGGGUGAGCUCCCGUUGCUCGGUCCCUGCUCCUGCCAACCUAGCAGUUUGAAAGCACGUCAAAGUGCAAGUAGAUAAAUAGGGAAGGCAAACGGCGUUUCCAUGUGCUGCUCUAGUUCACCAGAAGCAGCUUAGUCAUGCUGGCCCCAUGACCCAGAAGCUGUACGCCGGCUCCCUCGGCCAAUAAAGCGAGAUGAGUGCCGCAACCCCAGAGUCGGUCACGACUGGACCUAAUGGUCAGGGGUCCCUUUACCUUUACCUAGGCUUGCUAAGAUGUCUAAGACUGAAUCAGAUGAGUGCUGGAGAUUCAGUGAGGUUGAGGGAAUGUUCUUUCACAUGUGGUGGAGUUGUAAAAGGGUAAAAGAGUAUUGGGAAAUAAUCCAUAAUGAAUUGGGGAAAAAAUGUUUAAAAGCACCUUUCCAAAAAAAACCAGAGUCUUUUUUGUUGGGGAUAAUACAGACAGAGAUUCCCAGGUGGCAAAAAAGGUUAUAUAUGUAUGCCACUACUGCGGCCCAUGUUUUGUUAGCCCCAAAAUGGAAAACGAGCGAGGUCCCAACUAAAGAAGAAUGGCAACAUAAGCUGAAAGAAUAUGCGCAGCUUGCAGACUUAACAUAUAGAAUAAGAGAAGAAGAAGAACAUACCUUUAGAGAAGAGUGGAAAACGUUUUUUGAGUACCUGGGGAGGGAAUUGUGUACAUUUGAAAACAUUGGCAGCAUUAAGAUGAAUUCAACAGUGUAAAUAAGUUUUGAUAGAUAGAAUACUGAAUGGUUUAGUUUUUGUACAAUAUGCAGGGAUUUGUAAUAUGCAAAAUGAACCAUGGAAAGAGAAGAAGGAAAGUCACUGAUAUCUCAAGGAUGUUUAAAUUAGUGUUUUAAAUUGUAAAACUGAAAGAGUGUGUGUGUGUGGUGUGUGUGUGUUUUUUCCGAGCACUCCUUCCCUGCUGGUUUCUGGUUUCUUGCAUCAUCUGAACCCACCUUUACAUUUCCCUGUGGACUGGUGGUUUAAAGUGAAAAGAUUCCCAUUGGUGUCUCCUCUCCACCUCAGUAAUGCUUGAUAAUCCGCAUAGUCAAACUUUGGAACUCCCUGCCACAAGAGGAAGUGAUGCUUCUGAAUACCAGAUUCAGGAACCCAUGGAGGGAGGAGAGUCCUGCUUGUAAUCCUAUUGUUGCAGCAAGUCCUUCCCCACUUCUGUCCAUAAGCCUCUGAAUGAGCAGCUGCCUUUCCCUUUGUUAUGUACUGAGUUGAAUAGGAUCCAAAAUGCAGCAGUCUGAUUGGUCCUAGAACAAUAGGAUCCAGAAUGCAGCAGUCUGAUUGGUCCUAGAACAAUAGGAUCCAGAAUGCAGCAGUCUGAUUGGUCCUAGAACAAUAGGAUCCAAAAUGCAGCAGUCUGAUUGGUCCUAGAACAAUAGGAUUCAGAAUGCAGCAGUCUGAUUGGUCCUAGAACAAUAGGAUUCAGAAUGCAGCAGUCUGAUUGGUCCUAGAACAAGGCAGCAGUAUGAUUGGCCUGCAGGAGCCACCCAAUCCAGCUCCAGGUGGAAGUGAAUCCACAACCUGAUUGGCCUACAGGAGAAUUCCAGAAUUAGCCAAUCACGUGCAGCCCAUUGUGUAAAUAAUGUAUAUAAAGCAGAUACUUUGGGGAAACUUUCAUUUCCUCCUCACCACUAUGAGCUGAAUAAAGAGCAUGAAAUCCACUCUCGACUCUGAGUAUAUUUCACCCUUUUUCUUGCUUGCAGGAAGAACACUUCAGCCAAGGAAGCCAAGCCGAGUGGGUCAUCAAGGAAGAAGGUGGAUCGGAGAGGCAGGAGAACGAUGUCUGCUUAACCCCCCUGAGUGGCAGCAGCGCUUUCUACCCCAAGACAGAGCUCCCCGGCUCUCAGACACCCAAGAGCACCCCACGACAAUCCAAUAAAAGCUUCUAACUCGUUUCUGAACAACCCCACUUCGCUAAUAAAACAACACCACAAUUUCCGCUACUUUACUACUUUUAGACUAGUCAGGGCUAAAAAACAAACAAACACCUAUGUGUGAUUUUAAUUGUGCUUUUAAGACUCUCCAUGUCUCGCUCUUUCCAAAACGCAACCUCUCAAGGGCCUCAGUCCAGAUCAGAGCAGUGGGGUGAGAGAGAGUUUAACCUCUUCUCCUUUUCCUACUGAAAACUGCCCCUGCCCCGCUGCAUUUCUUAAAAAAUUAUGCAAUGUUCAGUCGUUAAAAAUUGCAGCAAAUCGGAGCUGGCAAGGAGGGUGAUUUAGAGAGGAUAAAUGUCACAGGGGCACAGAAUAACCCUUCCUUUAUUGGGGAAAUCCGUAGCUACUUUUUUGUGGCAUGGGAUUCAAAAGUGCAAUUAACAUAGCUGUCAACUGUCCCUUAUUUGGUGGGAAAGUCCCUUAUCCCAGCUCCGUUUCCCACUGCUGUCCCUUAUUGAUGAUGUCCCUUAAAUUUUCCGGGUUUCAAAGGAAGCAGCUCCUCUCCCUCCCUCCCUGCUGGUCAGAGAGGAGGGAGGCUCCAACUGUGUUGCUUGGCUGCAUUGCUCAGCCAAUAAGGAGUCUAAGAAUGACUGGGGGGUGGAGCUUGCAUGCCUUGUGCUGAUCAAAUCGGCCGCGUUGCCUGGGGACUCGCCUUUGCUCAGCGCUUCCCAGCAGAGAGGUGAUGGUGGUUUUCCUUGCUGCAUCCCCUUUGCCGGGUUGCUGCACUGUGGGAACCACCACUUGAGGCUUCGUUUGGCUGCUGACUGGGUUUUCUGCCUUUGGCUCAGAGGGGCUCAGAAGUUGAACAUACCUGUGUUCGGAAAAUCCCUUAUUUUGGUUGCUGAUCCCUCAUUUUCGAGGCUGCUGGUCCCUUAUUUUCAAAUCUGUAAGUUGACAGCUAUGGCAAUUAAAGUCUCUUCUCAUUUCGCCCCUGGAAGAGAAAGAACACAGUCUUCACAACACAACCAUGUUUGGCUACAUGCAAUGAACUGCAAUGGAGAAGGAUCAAUAUUUCCUCUGGGCUUUGGGGGGGCAGAUUUCAGAUCUGGAUUCAAAUUUUGCCGCUGGCUUCUGUAUGUUUCAAAUGGACCCCUGUCCUGCUCAGAUAGAUUGAAAGCCCUGAGGAAGUCUGAAAGUUGUUGUCGCUUUCAACAAAAAUAUUUUUCGACAUGGAUUUCAAUUCAAUGCAGGAAAAUCAUGCCCACAUUAUAUAUUAUAAUAAAUAUAAUUGAAUGGU